CAACUCGCGCUCCCUUUCGACAGUUUGCUGAGCACUGUGAAAAUGUGGACGCACGAGCUGCUGAAGCUUUUUGGAAGCCGCGUUUCCCACACAUGGCUGCUAUAUUUCCCGACGUCGCUACAAACUACACUCCUCGAACGACAAGUUCACUUCAUCACUGCUGUCAGCUUCCGUCAGACAGCAAAACGCCCGCCAACCAGCUGCCUUAUUACAUCGAGGCUGCCUGGGCGCAUACAUCUUCGAUAUACACUGGCCAAUCGGCAGUGGCAUAUGGACUGGUUUUGUCCGGCCGAACAUCUCAACUGGGCAUAAUUGGUACCACUCUCGGUCCGACAAUUGCUACCAUACCGGUACAGGCGAACGUGAAUCCGGAGUCGACGAUCAGCGAGCUUGUCAAAGAACGUGCGAAAGAACGGCGGCAAGCUUUUUCCCAUGCUGCACUACAAUUCGAUCCACUCCAAAUUCGAGCACUGAAUGCUGAGUCCAGACGCGCGUCACAGUUCACGACAAUCCUCGAUAUCAACACAUCGUCUCUCGCUGGGCCGGUCAACGAUCAUGUGCUCCUGAACGCCGAAAGCCAAGGAGUCUCAUUAUCAGCUCUUGUUCUGCAAAUUUCCAUUCAAGAGGGGACCAUCAUAGUCGAUGCCAGCUAUGAUCCGUAUAUCAUCUGUGAGCGCCAAGUAAGGCGGACGCUACAUCAACUCGACCACAGUCUCCAACUAUUUCUGGAAGGUCCAGCAGACCGCAAGCUCGAGGAACUUGCAACUAUCAGCGCCGAGGAUUGGAGGGAAGUGUUCGAAUGGAAUGAGACGUUGCCUCAACCGACUCAACAGUGUCUACAUGAGCUUUUCCAGGAUCGCGCACAUCUUCACGCCAACAAGAGAGCGAUUGAGGCCUGGGAUCGCAACGCAACAUACGAAGAAUUGGACAUGCUUUCUACAGAACUGGCCUUGCGGCUUAUUGGCUCUGGCGUGAAGCCUGGGGAUGCUGUGCUCAUACAUUGCGGACGAUCUUGCUCCGCAGUCAUCUCCAUUCUUGCCGUCUUGAAAGCAGGAGGCUGCUGCAUCCCGUUGGAGCCUACUGAGUCUCGAACGACGAAAGAGAUCAUCACUGCGCAAUCAAAAGCCAAAUUCAUUAUCGCAUUGGAUCCGUCAAAAGAUAUUCAUGGACUCGUAGAGACAACGAUUAUGGCCCACGCAGCAUCGCUCGACGAAGAGUGCGAGGUUCCUGGUCUCCCUUCGAUUUCCGCUGAUCAACUGGCAUACGUUCUCUUUGAUACUGGCUCAACUGGCGUACCGAAGGGCGUUAUGCUCGAACAUCAAAGCAUAGCCACUUCUCUGCUCACACUUGGAGCUUUCCUCAAGUGGAGACCUAACAUCAGAGGUCUGCAAUUCGCCUCGCUCAGAUGCAACGCUUUUCUGGUAGAGAUGCUGGGGCCACUGCUUUUCGGAGGUUGCGUUUGCAUACCUUCGAUCGAAGAGCGCGACACAAAGCUCCCCGCAUACAUCAUAUCGAAGCAAGUAAAUUAUGCACAGCUGACCCCAUCAGUGCUGCGCUCGCUAUCGCCCGAGGCUUGUCCUACAUUGAAGACCAUUCAAUCGAUUGGCGAGGCAAUCGACGCCAAGGCUGCCGGCAUAUGGAGUGAUGUAACUUUUGUCAAUGGCUGGGGCGCGAACGAAGCUUCGAUGCAAAGUUCUCUCAACAUAAUCUCACCAGAGAGCCAUUAUCCUCACGCUAUCGGUCGUCCUUCAGGCUGCGCUCUGUGGCUCAUCGACCCAGAGAAUGUACACAAAUUGACAUCAAUCGGAGCUAUUGGUGAGCUCGUCAUCGAAGGAACGACUGUGGCCAGAGGUCAUCUGAACGAGGACGCGGAACACGUCGAAUCGUUCAUUAGCCCACCUGUAUGGGCCCCGCUACGAACUGCGAAGAGGCGAUUCUAUCGCACUGGCGAUCUGGCACGCUUCCUACCUGAUGGUAAAAUCGAAUAUGUUGGCUGUAAGGACAAUCAAGUCAAGAUUCGAGGCCAGCGUUUCCAACUUGAAGAGGUCGAACGUGCUAUCCUCAGCUGUGAUGCCGUGCGUGAGGCCGUGGUUGCCUUGCACAAGGUCGGCAAUCACAAAUAUUUGGUGGCGGUUCUGAGCUUGGAAGAUGGGUCCUUACCAAGUGAAGAAGAACUGAAAGAACUGGACUGCGACGCCAGCAGAAAGACUCUUGUGGCAAUUCGAGUGCACGUCAAACAGAACUUGCCAACACAUAUGCUUCCCAAAUACUGGAUUGCAGUUGAGAAGUCGCCAUUGACUACGGAUCCGAAAAGGGAUCGAAAUGCCAUCAAAAAUUGGCUGGAGAGUCGAGACCUGACUUCUGAUGAUUUGGCUGUCUCGCACGAGUCUCCUUCUGUGAAUGUGCCAUAUUCGAAUGCUGAGAGGGCACUGCAAGAAGUCUGUGCUUCUGUCCUCAGGGUGCAGACUUCUCAGAUCGACUUGCAACACUCUUUCGACGACAUGGGAGGCAACUCGAUCAGUGCAAUUCAAAUUGCCCAACGCUUGAUGAGACGCGGGCAUCGAAUUACGAUAGCCAACUUGCUGGAAAGCUCGAGCUUGUUGGACCUGGUCCGUGACAUCGGAAGUGCGGAGCAAAUGACGGGUGUGCACGAAGAGCGGCUCGAAGAGGAGGAGUUCGACAUCAGCCCGUUCCAAAAGCUCUUUCUGCAGCACAGCAACGAAGUGGCAGGCAGUAGCUUUCGUGAAAAUUUGUUGCUAGAGCUUCCGUCUACCUAUAGCCCGGUGGAAGUCGAGACUGCGUUACAGAGGCUUGUUCGGCAUCACGCAUCGCUUCGCACCACUUUCGUCCCUCAAAGCGAUGGGUCGUGGAAAUCAAAGUUGGCGGUCGAGAAUGUACUUCACUUCGAGCAUCGAAAAGCUGGCGAUGAAUUGACACCCAUAACUACUUUCGACGAGGUGCAGAAGUCUUGGGAUAUCGUGGACGAGCCUGUAUUUGGUGCAAAACUCAUUGACAUGGUCGAUGACAGCCGCUUUCUGCUACUUACAGCACAUCAGCUUUCAGUGGAUGCCGUGUCGUGGGACAUCAUACGGCAACAACUUGAGGCGCUACUGGAUGACCCUGGGGUGCAACUGCCUCGAAGUGCAUCAUUUAGCUCCUGGACGCGUCAUGCUCAUAAUCUCCCGACAGCAGACCACGCUCUAGAGUGGCCUCGAGCUGAUCGCGGAGUCUGGAGCAUGUCGGAUCAACCCUUCUUGAAUGGAGACAGAGCUACAGCGGCAUUCAAAUUGAGUCAUGGGACAAGUGAGCUCUUAUUGCACGCUGCGAACGAAACGUUCAAGACCACCCCAGCCGAGCUCCUCCUCGCAGCAUUGUGGAUGUCAUUCCAGCAGAGCUUUCCAGAUCGAGGAAGCCCUGCUCUAUACGUAGAAGGCCACGGACGGCAAAUAGGGCAUACCGACUGCAAUCUGGCAGGGACAGUUGGAUGUUUCAACGUCCUUUUUCCUGUCGUACUGGAAAGCGCAGAUUCGACCUUUUCGAUCGAGCAUAUUGUUCCCGCGAUAAAGGACGCAUAUCGCCAAGCAUUCAACUCAGCAGUCGCAUCGUUCGCUCAGACGAUGUUAGGUGACAAACCUUUGCUCCUCGGCGACGUGGAGAUUCUGUUCAGAUUCAGAAAUGAAAGAACGCAGAAUGACAAUUCUCUAAAGCUUUACGACCGAAAUACCUCACUCGAAUCGCAUCGUGUUGGCGGGCAAAAGCAAGUGGGUCUCAUCACGGUCGUCGUUGCAGUUGUCGCAGAAGAGAUCGACUUCAGAUUUGAUUGGAACAAUCAGAUGGCCCAUCAGGAUCACUUGAGGGACCUUGUGAUACAACUUGAGCAGUAUCUGCCGGAAAUGGCCACGCUACUCUGCAAUCGAGCGCCCAGAUUGACCAGGGCAGAGAUACCACUCCUCGAGCUUGACGCACCCGGGCACAUCGAGCAAGCUAUUAGGGACCUUGGAAUAUGUCCGGAUGAUGUCGAGGUGGUACACCCAGUGUCUGCCACGCAGGAAACGGUUCUACUCUCUCAAGCCCAGAGCACAGACGAUGUGUACACGAAUCAAGCCUUGCUCAAGCUUACGCCUGCUGAGAACCAUAGCAUUGACAUGAAACGACUCGAACAGGCCUGGAAAGCCGUUUGCCAAGCACAUCCUAUGCUCAGGACCAUCUUCGCGAAUGGAAUCAGUUCUACAACAGCAUUCGUGCAGAUUGUUCUGAGGGAAGCAAAGCCUACUAUCAUCCACGUCAAGUCCGACGGCAAUGAUGAAUGCCGGGAACUUGAAUAUAAACUGGCGCCAACUGAUCCAUCUCACCGCCUACAGAUCCGCGCUCUUCCCGACUCGGGUGAGGUGAACGUCGUACUAGAAAUCAAUCCUGCCCUUGCUGAUGCCACGGCUCUGGCAUUGAUUAGCAAACACCUUGCAAUUGCCUACAACAGUCCGGAAAGCUUGAGAAAAGAAGAUGACUUUGCAAAGUAUCUCGUAUGGUCACGAGAAAAGGAGGAGCCGUCUCGAGAAUACUGGAAGACAUAUCUGGCCGACCUCAGCGCAUGCCGACUCCCAACGUUUGCUUCACCCAACGCUUCAGUGAUUACUUCGGAUACCAACUACAUCGACGCCACAUUUGACGAUGUCGACAUAAUGCAUAGCUUCUGCCAGAAAAGCGGCGUCACAAUCGCUGACUUCAUACAAGUUGCAUGGGCCAUGGUCUUGCGCCGUCUCACUGGCUCCGAAGACGUCGCUUUCGGGUACAUGUACUCUGGGCGCGAUCUCUUCGAUAGCGCCGAAGAAAUAGUGGGACCACUAUCGUCGUUACUGACCUGUCGCUUUGACCUCGGCCUUGAUUCAAAGGUCGCGGCGCUCCUGGACAAAGCCAAAGCUGAUCUGUCCAACAGCAUUGCUCACUUUGCCUGCUCGCUACCUGCUCUUCAAGUUUCUCUUGGUCAAGGAAGCGAAUCACUGUUCAAUACCGCUUUGGCUAUCCAGCAUGAACCGCCAUAUGACUCAGCAGAUGAGGAUGAGGCUCUACUCAAAGUCAUACCAGCCGUGAUCGAUGAGCACAGCGAUCAUGCUGUAACACUCAGAGUGUGCCUCUCGAAACAGGUCAUGCGAGCAAGGUUGAUAUAUCAGAAGGCGCUCAUCCCGAUGCAGUUCGCCUCCGAAAUUCUGGAAGUCCUUGACAAUGCGAUAUGGAACCUGGCCCAGGCCGCAAAUGCCACUGCCGUGAGGAGCAUCAUCGGCGAAUGUGAUAACUUAAGCAAUUACGAGCUUGGGCUGAUCCAAAAAUGGAAUGCCAGGGCGCCACAGGUCGUCAAGGGCACUUUGCAUGACCGCUUCAGGCAGGUCGCUGCUCGGAAUCCUCUUGCUCCAGCAAUCUGCUUCGGAGAUCGCGGGAUGAGCUAUGGUGAACUGAAUGCACUUUCUGAUCAUCUUGCGAGCGAUCUUUACUCUCGACGUGGCGUUCGCGCCGAACACGUCGUUCCGGUCUUUUGCGGCAAGGGCUUUGAAGCGGUCAUCUUCAGGCUAGCAGUGAUCAAAGCUGGAGGCGCUUUUCUGGGUUUGGAUGCCGAGCUUUCGGACGAACGUCUCGCUGACAUGCUACAAAAUCUUGAGAUCCCGACCAUACUUGCCCACGCAUCGACUGCAGUCCGAGCUCGGACCCUCACAAGCGGAAAAGUGAUCAGCCACGAUCUCCAGUCUAUCAAGGGCCUGCCACACAGAUCACCCCCAUCAUCGCUGGUCAAUCCUGAUCAGCCAGCUUACUGUACUUAUUCCUCAGGACACACCGGAAAGCCGAAAGCAGUCCUCGUCAGACAUUCGAAUAUCGUCACAAGCCUGAUCAGCUCCAUGGAUCGACUUGGAGUGACAUACGAGACCAGGCUAUUUCAAAUGUCGGGCCUCGCUUCAGACGUCAGCAUUAUCGAGAUCUUUCAGACACUUCUGGCCGGUGGCUGCGUCUGCUUCCCAACGUCGCAAGGAAGCGUCGACCAUAUGGAGGACCAACUCACUCAGAUGCGUGCCAACCUCGUCUAUCUGACGCCUACUGUGGCCGAGGUCAUGAGCCCUGCCAGAGCCUCUCCACUAGACACAGUGGUUCUGAGGGGUGAACCCGCCACCGUUGAGGCUGUUCAGAAAUGGCAUGGUAACGUGCGCCUGCUGAACUGCUAUGGCACUGCUGCCGCUACGGGCAUCACUAGUUGUAUCGACAUAUCCCUGUCCCAGAUCUCGAACAUUGGACUUCCAUUUGCUUGUCGUUACUGGGUUGUUGAUAGCAACAACCACGAUCAGCUUGUUCCUAUUGGCCAUUCCGGAGAGCUUUUGAUCCAAGGGCCGAAUGUCGCACAGGAGUACCUCAAAGGUUCGAUGAGGACUUCGGAGUCCUUCAUUACUGCUCCUCUCUGGACCAAGUCAUUGCCGGGCUUCAGAGAUACAACGACGCAGCCCUUCUACAAGACUGGAGAUAUUGUAAUUCAAAAUGUGGAUGGAACGAUCGAGUACAUUGACCGGAAAUAUCGUCAGUUCAAGCUGAGUGGAUUGCCAAUUGAGCUUGGCAAGAUCGAGAGUCAUCUUCGAAAGCAUGCAGGCUCUGACUGGCAUGUUGUAGCCGAGUUGAUCCACCCCAAGCGGCAAUCUGAGGAUCCAUUUCUGGCCGCCUUCAUGGCUCGUGCUGGCAGAGUCAUCACAGACCCUCAAUCCUCAACUCGUGAUCAAGCACUACCUCCAUUGCCCAAGAUUGCCCGCAGGUUGCACAAGACGCUCGCCAUUGCUUUACCGUCAUACAUGGUGCCAAAAGUCUACAUUCCUGUUCGAGAUCUGGUACUCAAUGCAUCGGGCAAGACUGACCGCAAACGGCUUCGAGGUAUUGCCGAAGCUAUGACAGCAGACCAGGUACUUCGGUACAAUGCACUCAGCUUGGCUCGAAAAAAUACAUCGAUGUCAACCAGGGCUCUGGAGGAUAACAUCGAGUUGAGCGCUUAUAAAAUGCCACCAAAUGCUACAGAGAUCAAGCUGCGACAGCUUUGGUCUAGCAUCUUAUCACUUCCUCCCUCUUCAAUAUCUUCGGACAGCGAAUGGUCCAGCGUUGGUGGCGAUAGCUUCAAAGCCAUGAACCUAGUUUCUGCUGCAAGAGAGCAUGGCCUGGCCCUCACCGUCGCUGACAUCUUCCGCGCUUCGACCCUCGAACAACUCAGCCGGCUAGCGCUGUCCCACUUCACAGCGACUGUGCCAAUGAAAGUCAAGGACGAGAUCGCUCCAUUUUCUCUGCUCACGAUCUCUGCUGAGCUCGCUCGGGAGGAGGCUGCCAGACUAUGCGGAGUACACACCUCUCAGGUUGAGGACGUAUAUCCUUGCACUCCAAUGCAAAGGACACUUAUGGCUUUGUCAUCGCGUCAAAAAGGUGCGUUUGUAUGCCGCAUCAAGAUUCAUCUUCGUCAAGGAAUUUCAGUCGGACGUCUCCAGCGCGCAUGGGCCAGACUAGUGGAAGAGACCCAGAUAUUGCGCACCAGAAUCAUUGAUAUCCCUGGUCUGGGCAUCAUGCAAGUUGUAGUCGAUGAGCCUGUUUACUGGUUGAAAUGCGACUCCAGAAACCUGGAGCCAGGAACAGAAACGGAACUUGGAUCUUUGCUCAAUCAUCCUGAGAUUCAGGUCGACUCUUCGGACGGAGCAUUGGUAUGGACAGCUCACCAAGCUGUCUACGACCAAUGGACUUUGCCAUUACUCUUGCAGAACCUUGAACGUCAUUACUUCGAAGAGCCACAUCAGCCUUUGAAUUCUAUCCAGCACUUCGUAAGUCAUGUCUCGGACGUGACGCAGCAUGGAGCUGGUGUUGCGUAUUGGCGUAACCAGUUCGAUGGAUUGGAGUCUCUGCAAUGGCCGGCCCUGCCAUCUCCAUCUUACGAACCCUUGGUCGACUCCAGAUUCGCACAUGAGAUUCGCAACCUUGCUGCUCCUCCACGCUUCACGUUGUCAUCCGCCAUUCGAGCCGCCUGGGCAACAUUGAUCUCGCAGUACACUGGAGCUUCUGAAUCUACCUUCGGUGCUGUAGUCAACGGAAGAUAUGCUGACCUUCAUGGCAUCGAUCGUGUUGCUGGACCUACAUUGGCCACGGUGCCUAUACGAAUCACCGUGAAUCCUCGAUCUUCCGUUGCGGAUCUCCUCACUUGUGUUCAACAGCAGGCAGUCGAUAUGAUAAAGUGGGAACAAACAGGACUGGUGAAUAUUCAACAGUGUAGUCCCGAAGCCAGACUCGCCUGCCGCUUCCAGUCACUGCUCAUGAUCCAGUCAGCUGAGCAUCUGAGUUCGAGCGUGGCUCAAAAUAGCAAAUUAUUCUCUGGCGUCGAGUUUGUCGACAACUCGGCGGGCGAUGGCCUCGGCUCCUUCAUUGGCUGUGCACUGGUGUUGGAAUGCGAGCAACAUAACGGGGACCUCAAGCUGCGUUUCAAGUUCGACUCGGGUGUUAUCAGCGAGCAGUUCAUGUGCAGGAUUGCACAACAAUUCGAGACGAUCCUGCGCAGACUUUGCAGUAAUUCCGCGGCUGACUCGCGUCUCCGCAUGUCUAGCGUUAUGAGUCCUGGGGACAACGACUUGAGACAGAUCUGGAAGUGGAAUAGCAAUCUACCGAAGUCUGUUGACAAGUGCGUCCAUCACAUAUUGAAACCAGUUUUCGCAAAGCGACCAGCCUCGACAGCACUGCAAGCUUGGGACGGAAUCCUCACGUACGGCCAGCUUGAUGCAUUGACAGAAAAGCUCUCGCGUCAUUUGAUUGAGCUGGGCGUUCGUCCGAACACAAAUGUGCCUCUGUUCUUUGAACAGUCGCUUUGGUGUCCGGUCGCAGCAGUAGCUGUCACGAAAGCAGGCGCUACAUCAGUCAUGGUGGAUGCCACGCUGCCGAAGGACCGCAUCCAAGCGAUACUCAAGCAGGUAAAGCCUGGUUUGGCUCUCACCUCUUCCAAGCAGGUAGCGUUGCUUCAGGAAAUGACGCCUGUACCACUCAUGAUUGUUGAUCAUGCACACAUCGACGAGAUUGUUCUUGAGAGCGAAGAGGACACUUUUGAGCUUGUCAGACCGGACGAUGCACUCUAUGUUGCUUUCAAGAGUGGGAGCUCUGGCCCGCCGAAGGGAGUCAUCGUCACCCAUGCCAACUUUUGUAGUGCGCUGCAUCAUCAAGCAAAGACCGUUGGCCUGAUCGACACCAGUCGGAAUCUUGAUGUCUCCCCUUAUGGCUCCGAUAUGGCCUGGCACAACCUCUUUCACACACUGUACGCUGGUGGCUGUCUGUGCAUUCCCAACGAAGAAUGGAGAACAGACAUUCCCGGAGCUGUGCUCGACCUCAAUGCGAAUUUCCUGUCGACAACGCCAGCGAUAGCAGCUUCUCUGGAUGUUGAAGCUCUUCGUAAGUUGGAUGCUAUCCAGAUCUUUGGAGAGGAGCCCAGUGCAGAGCUGCUUGAGAGACUUCAGCACAACGUGAAGCAGUAUCGUAAUGCCUACAGCGCAACCGAGUGUACUUCAACUGCGCUUGGCUCCAGCAAUCCACUUCAUUCAUCACACAUUGGCGUUGCAGAUGGUCUUGUGCCGUGGAUCGUGGAUCCUUCGAGCAAAGAGCUCGUUCCCAUCGGCUGUGUGGGAGAGCUGUGGCUUGAAGGGCCGCUUGUAGCCAGAGGAUACCUCACUGAAGCCGAGCAGUCCUCUGACGCCUUUGUGGAUGCUCCUAAUUGGCUUCGAAACGGUACGAGUACAUGUGCAGGCCGGCAAAGUAGAGUGUACCGCACUGGAGACCUUGCUCGAUACGAGGAUGAUGGAAGUCUGAGCUUCGUUGGGCGCCGAGAUCGUCAAGUAGUAAUCCGGGGACAGAGACUGGAUCUUGCCGAAGUGGAACGCCAUGUCAAGCGAUGUUUCUCUACUGCAAAUCGAGGCAGUGCCGAUGUCGUGGUGGAGGCCAUUCCGGGCCCGCUGAACGGCGACACCAUUCUGACUACAUUCGUGGCGCCGCGCCAGAAUCAAGCAGAAGCCGCUGCAGAUAUUGUCGAACAAUUGAUCAGCGGGAUCAGCAAUCGACUGGCCGAGUCGUUGCCUACUUAUAUGAUCCCAACUGUGUUCAAGGCACUGGCUGAGAUACCACUCACAUCGAACGGGAAGGCAGAUCGCAGGCGAAUACGAGAGCUCACAGCAUCAUUGCUGAACGUUAACGGAGCCUCGAGAUCGGGCGCAGUGAUAGCGCCAGCAAACGACACGGAGAUCACUCUUCGAGACAUUUGCGCCGAAGUCCUCACGAUCAGUCAUAAUGCAAUCUCCGUUGAAGCCAGCUGGACCCAGCUCGGUGGCGAUUCAGUCACAGCCAUGCAGGCUGCAGCAAGGGCCAAGAAGACAGGAUUAAAUCUCAGAACCGAGCACCUCAUGUAUGGCCAUGCACUCCGUGAUAUUGCAAGAACGAUUGAUCCUGCUCAUGACAAUUGUGGCGAAACGGCAUCCGUCGAAACCUGCUCAAGCCGGGCAGCCUCUCCGGAUACAGAUGAUUUUGAGCUUACACCUGUCCAGCAAUGGUGUCUCGAGGAACACCCCACUGGCACCAAAUUUGAUGUCCCGAUAUACCUCGAGCUAGAGUCUAUGCUCGGUUCUCAGAACUUGUGA